AUAAGGUGAGAAACAGUCUUAACAGUUCCUGUUGAGUUCAGGGAUUCGUUUUUAGUAGCCUAGACUAAAUUACGAAUUUAUGUUCUAGCCAUUAUCGUAGCCAGUAUUGCGGCCACUGAGGCCCGGGCCUCCGUAACUGUAUAGCGUAUCAAUAAAAAUUAUUUCUAAUAGAAACCAUUCAUAAGACGAUCAACUUUCAGAAGGCUUUAGGACCAUGCAGACGCAGCUGAUUACACCGCCGGAACCCCAUUUCAACUCAGUGUCCAGACUUCAGGAUAGAAGCUCUUGUAAGGAAAGAAAGCUUUGCUCUCAGGAACUGAAAGCAAAGCUGUUAUUUGGAGUUAUCUGCCUUAUUUGGAGACUUUGUUCGCUUGCUCUCCAGUCGGGACAAAACUACGCUGAGAGAAGGCAGAAAUGCUGACCUCAACUUCAGAACAAGUUACUGUAACAUCUGGUCUGGGUUCUGAAGCCCAUAACGACUCAACCUUCCUGGACUCUGAGUUUCGUUAUGUCCUCUUCCCAGUUGUCUAUGGCAUCAUCUUCAUCCUGGGCCUCUUCGCCAACCUUUAUGUGCUGUUUGUCCUGCGCUGCCUCCGUGAGGCUAGGGCCAUGGGCGAAAUCCGCAUCUAUAUGACUAACUUGACCAUCGCUGAUCUCCUUUUUGUGUGUGCCCUUCCCUUCUGGAUUGGCUAUUAUAGUCGCCACGGCAACUGGGUCUACUCAGAUUUUAUGUGUUGGCUGACUGGCUCAUUCUUCUUCAUCAACACCUAUUGCUCCAUCCUCUUCCUCGGAGCCAUCAGCGUCAACCGAUACUGGGCAGUCACCCGGCCUCUGGAUGCGGCCUCUUCAGACCACAGGCGUCGUGGGAUCAUCGUGUGCGUUGUCAUCUGGGUGUUGACCAUGUCGAUGGCUAUUCCAUUUCUGACUCUCGGAUCUCCAGGGACCAAAAAGAACAACGUCACUCGCUGUUUUGAGGGGUACCAAAAUGAAACUUCCCAGAAGAUAUUAUUGGCCGGUACUCAUUUUGCAAUAAUUGGAAUGUUUUUUCUUGUCUUUUUUCUUGUCGUGGUGUGUAACUUCCUUAUUGUUCGAGCGUUACUUUCUCAAAGUCCUGCUCAGUCAGAAAUCAGCAUGUCUGCAACACUUAAUUCUAUGAAGUCCACCAGGACCAUGUCCUCCUCAACUAAAAGGCCCAGGGGGGUGAAACGGAGGGCUGUGCAGAUGUUGUUGGCAGUGGUGGGAGUGUUUGUUCUGUGUUUCCUUCCCCACCAUAUAAUACAAGGCCCAUGGACACUGGCUGUGUUGCAGAUCAAAGAGGGCUGGGGCCAUGUAAAGUGGGACCAGAAGACACAUCAGAUGCUCAACGACGCACAUCAGAUCACCUUGGUUCUUAUGGGCCUCAACUGUAUUUUGGAUCCUGUUGUUUAUUUUUUUGCCACAAGGAAGUUUAGAAGGUUCAUCAUGGCCCACAUUAAAAAGUUAGGAAAGAAAAGAGAGACAGGAGGCUCACAGCUCUCCAUGGACAGCAGGAAUCCGAGGCAGAGACUCCAGAGUGAGCAACAGCCUGAAAUGGACUGAUUUAAACAUGUGUAAUAUUUGUAAAUAAAAAUGUAGAUAUCUGUUGCAUCUCUCAUAUUGCCACUGAUACAAAUUACAUAACAUACAAUAUUUUGUCUAUGUAAUUUAAUGUUGGUGGUACCAAUCCCUCAGAAUGUCUUUUAAGAAACUUUAAUGUCGUCUUGCACACAUUAUCUUGACAUUUGAUCUUUGUAUCCUGUAGGUGCUGUGGACUGAAUUGCGUCAGUCCUUUUUCUCUUCCAGUGUGAACUUCAAACUGAAAAUCAAAUCUUUUGUGUUGCCAUCUGUUCUUUGGUGUGACAACAGUGGAGCUUCUCGCUAGAUUGCACUCACACACUCAACACACACAUUAGUAGGUAUACUUGCUGUGCCUGACAUUAUAUCAGUAAGAUAUAUGCUAAUGAGAUUGUUGUCUCCCAUUAUAUACGUUACAGAUUUUUUGUAUUUUUGCCUGAACAACUUAUAGAUGGCAUUGUGAAAACAGGGAACAGAAGUAAUAAUGCUUGAGGUCUUUUCCCCUCUGGCAUGUGACAUAUCUCUCAUCAUAGAAAAUUCCAUGAUUCACUGUGACAAAGAAACCCAAAGCUUAUUAUUAUUUAGUGUGAAAGACUUGUCUUAUAUUUUCAUUGAACUCAAGAUUACAUAAUAUACAAUAUUUUGUGUAUUUUCAUCAUGAAAAUCAAUUAAAGGAAAAUUUCAUGUAA